AUGGUAAAUACUCCCCAAUUGAUCACUGAUACGGUUUCAUACAACCACAGUGAAUCUGAACUCGACCACUUGAUUAUGGUUCCAGGGCAUGCGAUAUGGAAAGGCGGCGAUCCUGAAGAACAUGAAAAGGACUCGGAAUGGGUGCUUGACGUGGCGCAAGCUGGACGAGGGAAUCCCAAAGCGUUUUACGCUCAUAUUGCCAAGGGUGCAGAACUGGCGCUCGCUGACAAGAAUAGCCUUCUAAUCUUCAGCGGAGGUCAAACUCGCAAACCAACCCAUCUAACAGAAGCACAAUCUUAUCUUUCUCUCGCAUUGUCCUCAAAACUCUUGCCUGUUACACCAUCUGACACGUUUCUCCGUGCAACGACUGAAGACUUUGCACUCGACUCGUACCAAAACUUAGUAUUCUCGGUCGCUCGAUUCAAGGAGCGUACAGGGAGGUAUCCGAACCGAAUUACAGUUGUCGGAUUUGGUGUAAAGAAGCAGAGGUUUGAAAAGUUGCAUGCGAGAGCAAUCAGGUGGCCCGUAAAUUCGUUUUCGUACGUGGGUGUGGAUGUGGCCGACCAGGUUGACUUGGAAAUCGCUGAGGAUGGCGAGCACAAGAACGGGUUUAUACCUUACAUGCGCGACCUCUACGGGUGCCACGACUUUUUAGCCGCCAAGCGCCGUUCGCGGAACACCGCAGCACGAUUUCAUCCGUACCACAACUCGGCUCCCGAACUUGCAGACUUGUUAGACUGGUGUCCUCCGUCCAGACACCUUUUGUUUUCCGGACCUCUACCUUGGAGUCAUCGUGCAUAG